AACGCACUCAGGUCUGAGAGAGAAAAUUAGACGUACCCAUGGCUAACGCAUCCCUUUACUCUUUGCUCUGGUUCUCCUUCCUCCUUCUGGCCUCCCACUUGUGUGCCACCAAGGCGCAAUCCAAGCCUCCCAUCGUCAAUGGUCUCUCUUGGACCUUCUAUGAUUCUAGCUGUCCCAGUGUUGAAUCCAUCGUCACAAAACAUCUCAAAUCCGUCUUCAAGAAGGACAUUGGACAAGCCCCUGCCCUGCUUCGUAUCUUCUUCCACGAUUGCUUUGUCCAGGGAUGUGAUGGGUCCAUACUGCUGGAUGCGAUUCCGCCAAGCAAUCAGAGCGAGAGAGACUCCAGAUCCAACGGCGGCAUUAGGACGGAGGCAUUGAAGACCAUCGACGACAUCAGAGCUCUCGUCCACAAGAAAUGUGGACGAGUUGUCUCCUGCGCCGACAUCGUCGCUCUCGCCGGACGUGAUGCUGUUGUCCUGACAGGAGGGCCCAACUUCCCCGUCCCGCUGGGAAGGCGAGACAGCCUGACCUUAAACUUCGACGAGACCAGCAACCUCCCCUCUCCCUUCGCCAACACUACCGGCACCAUCAAGACCUUCGCCGACCAGAAGUUUGACGUCACGGACGUUGUCGCCCUCUCUGGUGCCCACACAUUCGGCCGGGCCCACUGCAGCUCCUUCUCGGACCGCGUCUCCGGCACGAGCCCGGCUCCCAUCGACCAGACCCUCCUGAAGAACCUCAAGGCCACCUGUCCCAGCGCGUCCACGCCCAACACCGCAAACCUCGACAUCCGAACUCCGAACAAGUUCGAUAACAAGUACUACAUCGAUCUCAUGAACCGGCAGGGACUGUUCACGUCGGAUCAGGACCUGUUUUCCGAUGCCCGGACGAAGAAGUUGGUGCAGAGUUUUGCGCUGGACCAGAAGUUGUUCUUCGAGAAGUUCGGUAACGCAAUGAUAAAGAUGAGUCAGCUGAGGGUUUUGACAGGGAAGCAGGGUGAGAUAAGAGCCAAGUGUAAUCUGAGGAACAGUGGGAAGAAGUCUCUGUUGGCUUCUGUGGUGGAAGAGAUGGUUGAAGUGGCUGAUCAGUUCUAGAUAACAAGGGAGGCCAUGGAUAUGUUGCUUUGUAACUUUUUAUUUUAUAAAUCAGAAGUGGGAUCUGACACACUUGUACGCUGUUUGAUCGUUCGGAUGAUCAUUUGUGGAGGGUUUUGGAGGAUCCAAACUCUGGUCCUGAGACACGCUUCUUCUUCUUCUUUUAUGGUGACUCUGCUUUUAGAUGUGUAGUGCUGUGAUCACUAAUAAGAUGUUCCUUUUUGUGAAUCUGAGCCUUGCAAAACACUGAGAGAAGCAAAUAAAUAAAUAUACAAGCAUAUGUAGCUUGAGCACUUCUUAA